GGCGGCCGCCUCGCCGGCUGACGCUGGCUGUGCUGGGGGUGCUGUGGAUCGCCGCCCUCCUCCUGCUCUUCUUCGGGGCCAGGAGGAAGCCGGCGGCGGCGGGACCCGAGGGGCGCACGGCGGAGUGUCUCAGCAGGAGUUGGUUUUGUAGGAAAAGUGAGCCAAGGAAGAAAUCUCAGGCCCCAUCCUCCACUGCUCUUAAUCAGCACUGCUACGCUCCCACUACAUAUUCCCAUAUGAGCCAUGCAGUUGAGAGGCAUCAGGUCUUUCUCAGGUGAUGCUUGGAAAACCUCUUCCACCACUGGGGAUAGCUAGAGAGGGCUCAGAGGCGGACUGGGACGACCUGUGGGAUCAGUUUGAAGAGCGGAGAUACCUGAGCGCUCGGAAAUGGAAGGGCGGCGAGGACCCGUACCGGCUCCAUGCCUUUAACCAGCGGGAGAGCGAGAGGAUGCCCAGUGACCGUGCCAUCCGUGACACCCGCCACCACAGGUGUUUGACACUGCGCUACCACCAGGAUCUCCCGCCAACCAGCAUCAUCAUCACCUUCCACAAUGAGGCCAGGUCUACCCUGCUGAGGACCAUUCGGAGCGUGCUGAACCGCACCCCAGUGCACCUCGUCCAUGAAAUCAUACUGGUGGAUGACUUCAGCGAUGAUCCUGACGACUGCCGCUUGUUGGCCAAGCUGCCCAAGGUGAAAUGCCUGCGGAACAGACAGCGUGAAGGUCUGAUUCGGUCCCGAAUCCAAGGGGCGGAUGUGGCACAAGCAGGAGUCCUGACCUUCCUAGACAGUCACUGUGAGGUGAAUAAGGACUGGCUGCUUCCACUUCUGCAGCGCAUUAAAGAGGAUCCAACCCGGGUGGUCAGCCCCGUUAUUGACAUCAUCAACUUGGACACUUUUGCCUAUGUGGCAGCUUCCUCAGACCUCAGAGGUGGUUUUGACUGGAGCCUUCAUUUCAAAUGGGAGCAGCUUUCCCCAGAGCAGAAAGCCAAACGACUUGAUCCUACUAAACCCAUUAAGACACCCAUCAUUGCUGGGGGGCUGUUUGUGAUCAACAAAGCCUGGUUCAACCACCUGGGGAAGUACGACAACGCCAUGGACAUCUGGGGUGGGGAGAACUUUGAAAUCUCUUUCCGUGUGUGGAUGUGUGGAGGUAGCCUGGAAAUCAUCCCCUGCAGCCGUGUUGGACAUGUCUUCCGGAAGAAACAUCCAUAUGUCUUUCCAGAGGGGAACGCCAAUACAUACAUCAAAAACACCAAGCGCACGGCGGAGGUGUGGAUGGAUGAAUUCAAGCAGUACUACUAUGCAGCCCGUCCUGCGGCCCAGGGGAGACCCUGUGGAAACAUCCAGAGCAGAGUGGAGUUGCGGAAAAGGCUGAAGUGCCAUAGCUUCAAGUGGUACCUGGAGAACGUUUAUCCCGAACUCCGGAUUCCCAAGGAAUUGCUGUAUCAGACCGGGAUGAUCAGGCAAAGGCAGAGUUGCCUGGAGUCGCACCAGUCUGAAGUCCAAGAGUUGCCCAUCUUGAGCUUAAAUCCUUGCAUCAACAGCAAAGGGACAGCAGCAACAGCACAGGAAUGGACAUACACAUACAACCACCAAGUCCGUCAGCAGCAGCUGUGCUUGUCUGUGUACACCCUUUUCCCUGGUUCCCAGGUGCUCCUGUCACCUUGCAAAGAAGGUGACAACAAGCAGCGAUGGGGUAAAGUUGGGUCACACAUUGAGCACAUAGCUUCACGCUUCUGUUUGGACACUGAGAUGACUGGGGACUCGAACGAGAAUACCAAAGAGCUUGUCAUCAAUCCUUGUGAGAGCACAGCCAUGAGUCAGCGCUGGGACAUGGUGAUGUCUUGACCUGCUUGAGGACUUACCCAUCUGGGCCGGGCACUGAGACUUGCUACACACAGCUGAGAUGCACCUGAUAGCACUCACAUGCAAAACCAUUGGGGUCCCUGUGUAAUGAGGAACAGGAGAAGAAUCACUCAAAUAAAAAGGAGGACACAGUGCUGCAGGUUGAACAACGGACGUUGAUUGCAAAGCAUGUAGCUGCUAUUGGUCUGUUGGCAGUCAUAUGUUCAAAAAGAAGGGAUGGCAAGAAACCAAAAUGAAAUGUUUUAGAGGGACACUCGGGGCUCCUGUGAUGGGCCCUGCAGAAGUUCUGUGUGUACAAUAUUUAUUAAUCUCACUGGAAGCACAGAUAGAACCUAGGACACCAAAAGGAGACUUGGACUCAAAAAAGCAAGCAUGUCAAUAGCUUUGGGGAAUGAGGCAGGUGCAUGAGGAGGGAAGCACUAAGGGACGCGAAGAAACAGCACCUGGGAUCAAGUGGAAAAUGCUGAGUUAUCUUGCACUUUUUAUUGCUGUGAUUGAAUUUGUCUUUUGCAGACAGUAUGGGUAGAGCUGUGUUGCACAUUCAAAUUUGUAACCAAUCCGUGGACAUGUAUGUACACAGACAGGGCAGUCACUUAUGGUUAUGGCCAGGAUCUAGCUGUCGGGUGACAGAGUUGACCACCUCUGUACUGUGUAUGGAGGUGUUGAAUCUCUGAAGUCCAAGCAAACAGAGGAUUCAGUUUGUGAGAUUCAAGAAUACAAACCUCUGUAAAGCCGGGAGGAGCAGCAGUAACAUGAUUAUUUCUCAUUUCUGAAGGACAUGGUUGAGCCUCAGUCACUGAAAACUCCCUUACAAUCUCGUUAUAUUUCUCCCACUGCUUCAAACAACCUGGAAUAAGUAAAAUUUUAACUCUUCUUCCAUAAAAAAGUAAUAUUUUCAGCAACUAAAGAUAAUUGUGUCAUCUUUGUGUUUCUCAAUUUCCAGACUAUGGAAGAGGGGACUCCCAUGAAGUGCUGCUACCGAAGGAACAGGAGACUGCUCUGAGAAAGGAUAGGUAAAGGAAUUGCCUGGUUUUGUCUUCCAGGUAUCUGUUGAAGUACUGAAGAAAGGGUUUAGGAAUCCCCCAGUUGUACCUGAGAGUAGAGACCUCUGUAUCACAAAAUACCUCUCUCCCAGUGUCCUUCUAUGUAGGAAAUUAUUUCCUUGGGUUUUAGAGAUAAAUUACUAAUUAGAGGUCAUGUCAGGUGCUAUGGCUAUGUGACUGCCGAAGGUGAAAAGGACAGAAGACCUCAGAAGAGGUCUUAAGGUAGGAGAAACCUGCCCUUCAGAGCAGAUCCCACCAUGGCAGCAGGUAACAGGUGGUGGAGCAUGAAGAACAUACAGCACAUACAGCUUUUGUGUGGUAACAGCUCUUGAAGAGAAAUUUCACAGGACUCCCGACUUGAAAAAAAA